CUCCCUAUUGGUAAAAAUAUAGGAGGAAUUAUCGGAAACAACGACUGACAUUGGUAUCGAUAUAUCGAUAUUUACCAACAAUCGAGAGAAUAAUAAAACUAAAUAUUUCCGUGCCAGAGAAACUGUCAGCGGAGAUAGGCAGAGCUAUGAGGAAAAAUCGCCUUCAUUCGAAAUAAACAAGUAAUUAUGUAUGUAAAAGACUCAGAAGGCAGUGGAAUGUAUUCAGAGUGGGCUUCAUUGUCAUCGUUAAUACAGCAAAGCAAUGAGGAGAGUCAGAGCGUUUUGGGAAAAUUUCCGAUGGUUGCAGGAAAAGAUGUUGCUAUGGCAGUUGUGAAACAAUUGUCUUCAAAUUUGGGAUUAACACAACAAGCUGAAUGUAGUCCACUAGCAACGGAUAGAGAAGUUCAAUGGUGUAUGGAGGUUAUUUGCUUUGGACUGAGUCUGCCUCUCACUGAACAUGAUACAAUACGUGAUUGUGUGAAUGUGUAUUGUGAGUGGCUAUCUGCUCUACACCCAGUUCCAAAGAUUUGUGUACCAAGACCUGUCUGCGAGGAUCCCAAUUUAUAUGCUAGAAAAAUGAUAAAUCACUUUCACAAUUUAUUCAAGCCUCGUAAGGGAGAAGGUCCAGAUGUUAUCAACCGUCAGGCAGUACUUUGUCACAGAGUAUUAAGAACAUUACAGCAUCUUACCCAGUUAUCAAGUACAUUGACGCGAGAAACAUGGGAAGCAUUGUUACUUUUUCUUUUGGCUAUUAAUGAUACGCUUCUAGCACCCCCAACUAUUAAAGAUGAUGUUGGUGAUCAGUUAUGUGAACGUGUACUUAGUGUCUUAUUUGAAGUUUGGCUAUUAGCAUGCUUUCGCUGUUUUCCAUCUCCUCCAUUGUGGAAGACAUUUAGAGAAACAUGCAUGAAUUGGCGCCAUCGUAUAGCUUUAAUUGAACAGUGGAAUAGAGUGAAUUUGGCACUUACAGCACGUUUGCUUGAAUUUAUGUAUGGAUCUGCUUUUCCAGAAUUAAAGAUUCCGGAAGAAGAUUCGCAACUGAUUCCAAACAAUGUCAGUGCUGACUGUAUUGCUCAAAGUUGGUUUAGAUUCAUGCAUUGUCUUGGGAAUCCUGUUGAUCUGUGCCGACCAGCAACAAUUAGCCAAACUCAGAAGUUUCUUCAGUUUGCUAUCACCAGUGAAAAUGUUGUUGAUCCUUGUCAGCAUCCUUGUUUAAGUAAUCUACCCCACAUAUUUCUGAAGGCAAUUAAAGGUGUUGCUGGUCAAGUAGAUGCAUUUCUUGGAGUUGCACAACCAUUCACAUGGGAUGAAGGUAGCAUCAAUGAGCGAGAGAAGAAGGAAGGAGCUUCCUCCCACCCUCCCUCUGCCACUCAUUCCCCAACACCUCCACCCCAGCGACGUCUUGCCAAGAGUUUUAGUGUUGCACCUUCAGCAGUCACCAAGGGAAUACCAAAGGCUUCCCUUUUGGGUUUAACUAGUAGCAGAGCAUCAGCAACCACUCAUCCUCCUUCAACUCCCAAUUCUGGGCCGUCAUCAACUUCAACAAUGUUGUCUCUUGGUCAUGAUAGUCGUAGUCCUUUAGCACCAACUAGACCAAAAUGCAACAGUAUACUUCACAUGUUUGGGGAAUGGUUGUUUGAAGCUGCAUAUAUUGGGUGUGAGAGUUCACAUCCUGGAAAGACUGGACCUGUUAAAAGUGAGGCCAAUAUGAAUAAAAGACCCAGUUCACUACUUCUCGACAGUCGUAAAGGAAGUUUAUCUCUGUCACAACCUGGCUCUCUGACAGAUGAUCCUGAUAUUCCUCCUGCUCUCACUAUUGACAAGUAUGAAGCAGGACGAGCAGAAGCUCUAGGUGCCCUGUGUAGAAUAUUUUGUGCUAAAAAAACUGGAGAGGAUAUUCUCCCUGUUUAUCUUGCUAGAUUUUAUCUUGCAAUGCAACAAGGACUUAAAAUUCCUGAGACUAGGGAAUGUGGUGAAACACUUGCUAGCAUUCUUCUCAAUUCUGCAGACUUAUUCCGUCUUGAUCUAGAUGGUGUUCAAGUCCUUGUCCCAUAUGUUAUAGAAGCGCUGGAAAUUGUUCUUCCAGACAAGGAACUGAAAAUGAAAACACCUUCUGGUUCUAAAACAGAGUUACGUCGAGCAUCUAUUCACUUACUAUUGUCUAUGUUGGUUCUUCCCCUUCAUUUUCAGAAUCUCCCUAUCAAAGAAUUAGGCAACACUGGUGUGUCCUCAUCAAGCCUGGGAUCAGAAAAAAAUCCUUUGACAUUUGCACAGUUAAAACCAAGACUUAUGAAUCUUCUUAUUAAUGCUUUACAAGUUGAAGGAGAUCCUCAAAAUGCACAAAUGCUUCUAGGUGGUCUUCUUCUGAGUGUCCAAGACUCUGCUGCUGCAGAAGAAAUGGACCAAAUAACGCAACUUGAUGUUGGUCCAAGCAGUGACACAACAUCAAAUUUGUUAUCUUCAGCUUCUGACACAAUUAGCUCCCUAAGUGUGCCCAGCGACUAUCGUAGCCUUGGAGAAGAGCCAUCUGAUAUGCAAGAUGCUGAUGUGACUGCUGCCUUUGGUAACAUGUACCUUGACUAUCCAGUGGGACUUAAUAAAAAUUCUGCACAUGCCUUGUUUGUGCGAGCAACAUAUCUAGUGUGCCACCGACUUAUUUCUUCUUGGAAGACAGAUCUCAAUGUAUCCUUGGCUGCCUUAGAACUAUUAGCUGGAUUAGCUAGAACAAAUAUUAAAGAAACAGAUGCAUUGGAAUGCAAAAGGGCCGUGAAAUGGUUAUGUGACUACAUAGUUUCACAGUGCUGGCGUCCUCCUCAGGCUCACUCCAAAGAUUUGCAUUCAACUAUCGUAGCUGCUUUUCAGUGUGCUGCUGUGUGGCUUGUAGCUCAUCCAUAUUUAUUGCAAGACAAAGAAGGACUAACCACUGUUUUGGAGGUAGUUGAAUUGGGCAUCUCAGGAACGAAAUCACAGGGGAAACCAAGUGAACCAAUAAAAAUGAAAGAUGAAAAGGAACUGAAACCAGCUUCAAUGCGAGUGAGAGAUGCUGCUGAAGCUCUUUUAACUGUCAUUUUGGAGCAAGUUGGCUAUUUUCCUUCUCCUUGUGGUGCAGAAUCUCUUUCAUCACUUUUGGAUGAAGUUUCUCUGUUACGCCAUUGUAAUUCAUGGAUAGGAGGUGAAGUAACUCGAGAAAUGGCAGUUGAGAGGUUCAGAUACUUUGUGGUGGAAAAUUCGACGAUUCUUGCUCUCCUAGAGGAACCUCUGGGAAAUGACCAGGAUCCUCAACCAACUGUUACUGUGUUAAUUCGGGGACCAUCUGGCAGGCAUGCUUGGACAAUGCAACUUAGGCAUUUACCAAGGCAUAAAUCAGGGACUAAGUAUCAUGCCCCUAAUCCAGGUCGACCUGUUCCAAUGUCUGAUGUUGGUGUGAAGCACGAUGUGAAACAUAGAUACUUUCCUGAGUCUGUGGAUCGUAUUCCUCAGUGUAAAGUUGAUAAAUCCAUUCCAAGCUUAGAUUCAUUUAUAAAUUCAGAGGGUGGUUCUGCUGUUCAUCAUCACCUCUUGCAAGUAAUUGAACAUCAGUCGUCCCUAGAAGAUGCAGCUGGUAAUGCACCAAACACUUCAGCACCACUUACUGCAUUGGACUCCAGCAAACCUGGAUUCUGGCAGGAUUUAGAAGCCUUAGAUAACAUAAGUUCACGUACUUGUGAUACUGUACAUAUUUUCUAUGUACGUGCGGGGCAGAAAACCCCAGAGGAAAUAUUAUCUAAUGUGGUAUCUGAUCAAAGUGUCCAUCCAAAUUUUCUGGAAUUCUUGCUUUCUUUGGGAUGGCCUGUAAAUGUAUACCAGCAUCCUGGAUGGACUGGGCAUAUUUCAACAAGUUGGAGAGUUAUGACACCACCUCAAACUGGAAGUGCUGAUUUGCAUCCUAACAAUCACGGUGGAAGUCUCUAUAAUGGAGAAACUCAUGUUCUUUAUUGGGCUGAUGCAAGUUCAGAAAUAGCAUUUGUUGUGCCAUCUCAGCAUUUCAGCUCUGAUCAUUUUAGUUCAUUUGAGCGUAGCAUAUCUGAUGGGAGUAACAGAGUCUACAACAUACGCACUUCAGAUAAACCUCGUACUCUCUCAUUGGAUUUAGAUAAACAGGCCUGCCCCACAAUGCCUUCAAAUUCUGGUGGCUUUGAGAGUGGACGGCGCCGGCCUGGGACGUCCAGACACCCACUUGCAUCGCAUACAAAUACCAAAGUGUUUGUUGUGUGGAUUGAAAGUUUUGAAGAUCACUUACAUUUUCCACUGAGUGAAUUAUUAGUAACAGUUUCUACUGGACAAAAGGGUAGUGGUUUACCACGUCCUCAAGAUCGUGAUUGUUUUGUAAUAUUUUUACAUUCUCUACACAAUGGUCUCAUGAGAGUAAAACUGCAAGGUCCUACUGGGAGAAUGAGCUUAGCUACUCCUUUGGUGGAUGGAAUGUUAUCAGCCACCACAUGUGCGCCGAAGGCUCAAAGUACAAGAAAUGAUUCAAAAGUAUCCAUUGGAUUGUGUAUCUUCUUCCAUGCAAGUGGUAUAGAAGAAUACUGAUGUCAAUAGCAUUCCAUGUUUGUGCCAGGUAUUAAUUCAGACAAGUCCAGGAGAGAAAGCUUACUUUCCAUUUAAAAUCUUAAUUCGUGUGCUAAUGCAUUGUAUAUACAGUGGCAAAAUGUUCUUUAUUUUUGUAUACAUUCUAUUGGAGCUUGUAUGUGAAAUGGUGAAAUAUUUUCACCCUAUUGAAAAUAUAUGUGUGUGAUUAUAAAUGUGUGUGUGUGUAUUAUAUAUAUAUAUAUAUAUAUAUAUAUAUAUAUAUAUAUAAAAAUAAGAUUGUAAUUAUGAUGCAUUUGUAAUGAAUCUAUUUAUUUAAUUUAUAUUCAUGGUUUUAUUUGCAAAGAAAUUUUAAAAUUAAUGUAUUAGCAGUUAAAGUGUUGUACACAAAUUAUUCUAAACCUACACAAUGUAAAGAUUUUUAACUAUCGUUGUAAAGUCUAGUAAUUUGUUUAUUUGCUCAGUUAUGAACUGAGUAUUCUGUUACAUUGACUGGAAUUCUUUAUUUCUCUAUUGUUUCUUUCAUAAAACAAUACAUGAACAACAAAUGUCAUGAAGUGAAGGAAAAUCUUCAUUGGGUGUGCUAGAUUGCAUAACUCAAAGAACAAAGAAUGUUUUUGUAAAUUUAUCUCAUACUGAAGGUAAUAUUCAAAGAUUAAAAUACAAAGUUUACCAAAUAUAAAAUUAGCAUGAUAGUGUUUAAUGACUUGUGAAAUGAAGAUUUCCCCUCUUCCACUUCAUGUGUGUAUAUAAAAUUGAUCCUGUGAUAUAAUGAAGUUUAGUGGUCCAGUGUUAACAAUUAUACAGUGUUUUAGGCAAAAUCACCAUUAAAAAAGGAAUUGUAGUUUCAAUUUCUUAAUGAUUUUGUCAGUUAUGGCAGUUUCUUUUCUUAGUUGAGUUUUUGUAAUGAAGACAUAAACGUAAACUUAAAUUAUUAAUUAUGGUGAAGAUAAUAAAAACUUAGUUUUAAUAUAACAUAGCCUUUACAAACCUAAAAGAAAUUGAAUACAAUUAAAAUUUGUAUUUCUAUUAUUUUAUGAAAAUGAGACCCAUGCAGUUGAAGAAACAAACACUCACAUUUGUGAUGGCUCAUAAUUAAAUUAAUUUUUUUAAGUAUGUAGCACCUACAUUAUUGUGUAACUCAUGUGAUUCCUUUUACGACUUCUAAGUGGAAUGAAUUUGUAGAAACAAUAAAUAUCCUUCUUAAGGCACAAAUUUUCUUAACUUUUUAUAUCACUUGUUACCUUCUGAAAUAACCUUUGUAUUAACAGCAUAAUGGUGCCUUCAAUUGGUGUAUGACUAGACUAUGAUAGUAACCAUCAAACCUUUUUUCCCACAUGAGUAUAUCUGAAGGCCACUUCUUUCUGUUUUCCUAAUUUUCAGAGCUCUUAUCUUAAACAUUGAGUUCACUGGACCUCUUUCUCUUACGUCCUCCCAUGAGGUAGUCUGAAAUUGUAAGACAAAGUCUAGGAGAUCCAUCACUGCAUUUCUCUUCUUGUUUAGAUUUUGACAGUCAAUGCCAGUAUUACUGUUGGCAUUUAUAAUUGCACAGUCAAGGAAAUAAAGAAUAGCUUUUGACUAUUUUCUUGUCUUGUACCAGCUGUGGUACACUGAUCUGAAGUGUCUGCACCGCCCAUAUUUUCAUUAUAUGACUUUUCUAUGGCAGCAGAAGAUAAUCAAUAUAUGUUUUGUUCUUCUUGUCCCCGUAUUUUAGUUGUGAAACUGGUUCUGCUCCUAUACUAGUAAUAAUCCACAGGACAGACUGUCUCUCUAUUUCACAAAUGGCAUAGCUCUGUAUGCACAGGUUAUUUCUCCAUUUUCACCUCUUUUCAUUUUUUAUAUACUUUAGAAAUGUGGAUAAAUCGAACUUAUUGGCUUGCAGGAUAUCAGUUCCCUCAAUAUUGUUCUUUAGUAGUUUGUCCACCAAAGAUAAUGUUAAGAAAUGUCUGUCGAAUUAUUCAAAGCUACCUUUGAAUAAUGUAGUCACCAACCACAUGACAACAGAUAGACUAAAUCCCAAACAUGUCUGAAAGGUUUAUUGUAGUUCCUUGGUACACCUCAAACUCUACCAUUAGUUUGAUGCAAGUGGUGCAUAAAAAGUUGAGUUUUUGAACAAGCCAUAAUGUAUUGUUUCGUACUCCAUUUUCCUGAAUGGUAUCAUCUGUUCAUCAAUACUGGGAGGUAUCAUAAUGUCUUUCUUUUUUCACACAUCUGUUUCUCACUCUAAUCUUUGGACUGUACUAUUCUACUUCUUUACUUUAUGACUAACAGCAUAUCAGUCCACGACAUGAAAGUUUACCUGGAGAAUGGAAAUACCUAUCCCUUGACAUAGCUCUAGCUGUGGCAUUGCAUCUAAAUCAAGAACCCAAAAUAAUUUCUCUAUGUGUAUGAGCUGGUUCCAUUUCAGUAUUAAUGUGUUGCUGGUAGUAUUGAAUAGUACACAGUUUAGCAAUUAAGUCUUAAGUAAAAUACUCCAGAAAAUAAUUUCAUACUCAGAAGUCCCUAAAAUUAACAAAUAAUCACAUUAAUGUUUUUAUUUUUUGUAAGAUUAUUAUGAAUCCAGGUUUGUUUGCAAUAAGAAAGUAAUCUAAAAACCUUUGCAAAAAACAAACCUAACAUGAAUAUUCCUAUUCUGCAUAUGAGGGUGAACCUUUGAUAGAAAUCAAUUUUCACCAAAGCAAUAGUUGUACUUUCACAGUCAUGUUCAGAUUCACUUGUGGCUGAUGUGUCAUUGUUUCACAAUUUGUUGCUUUAUUAAAUUCAUCCUCAUCACUAUACCCAAUCAUAUUCUGAAGCAUCAGCUUCAAAUGCUUUCAAUAUUGCAUCAGGUUUGUCAAAUAAAUUUAAUUUUGCCAUCAAAAUGAACUCAGAUUUAAACUGAAAACUAUCGAAGCAAAAUUGACCCCAUUACUCACAUUUGUGAUGUGUAUUUUGACACUGAUUGAAUGCAAAGUACAACACAAGCAAUUCAUUUGUACACGUAUAGAAAAAUAACUUAACCACAUAUUUCAAUUGUUUACCUUUCAAUAUAUCCUCAAAAUGGAGAUAAAUAAAAUAUCUGCUACCCAUACACACUACCUAUUCCCAACAUGCACCAUUCAAAAAGAUUCGUAAUGCCACUGGCCUGAAAAAUACAUUUGGCUUUAAAUUCACUCCUUGCAAUUCUCAUGAUCUUGUGAGACCAUCCCUAACUUCAUAACUGCAAAUGUCCCAUUUAUAUUGCAUGAGAAAUCACCCUCACAAAAGUGAGUGGUAAGUCUGUAAGGGAUUAAACAUAUAUGAAUUUCAGGUAUUGGACUUUCAGUCAUGCACUUUGCCGUAGUAAAUUGUGAAUAUGGGAUCGGGAAUAUUUUGGUGCCCACUCUGAUCAUAAGUAAGAUUUUCUCUAAUUUCAAAGAGCUCUUCAUUAAUGUGCAAGCCCUCCAAAAGUAUUCAUGUUGUUUGUUGCCUUCAGUGUCCACUCUAUUUCGGAUAACAUUAAAAACUGUUUUAUCUGUUCAAAGCUUUAGUGAUUAGAUCCGUUAUCUGACUGGACCAUAAAAUUGAAUUUUUAAAUUUUCUAUUUAAAAAAUGCUUUUCUAGUGUAAAUACAGAUUUUAAUUUUUCACAAUGAAUGUUUAAUUUCUACAUUGAUAAUGGAAUUAUAAUGAUUACAAAAUUACAGCAAAAAAUUAUCUGUACAUUUACUGUAUACUUUGUGGUAUAGAAAUUUAGUUUGAUGUGUUAAUAUUUUAAAAUUAAUGAAAGAUAUCUCUCAAAACUCCAAUCCAAGGAAAGAUGCUUAAUAUUUUUUGUUUUGGAAGAUUGUUCCCAAAAUGUGCUCAGUAUUAUAGAUUUUCAUGAAAAAGAUUCAUGUAUUUUUAUGUUUGUAUCAUUGUAAUUUAAUCCAUAUGUAUUUCAUGAUUUUUUCAUAAUAUACACUCCUGUUGAAAAG